AGAUACCCACCCUCCCCACUCUUUGCCUGCUCCUUAUUAUUGUUUGUCUAGAAAUCUCCAGCCCCCAAAACACAACUUACCUCUUCUUUACUGUCCCUCACUCAUCUCGAUCUCAAUCUCAAUCCAAUCUCAUAAAGCUGCUUAAUUUCUCAUACUUUCCCGCAAAAUCUUGUAGCAAUCAUGGCUGUUUUAGUGUUCUUGGUGCUUCUCUUGUCCCUUACUGGCCAUUCAAGUGCCACUUACUGCUUGUGUAAAGAUGGCGUAGGGGACCAAUCUCUUCAAAAAGCCAUAGAUUAUGCUUGUGGUGCUGGAGCCGACUGUACACCAAUUCUUCAAAACGGUCCAUGUUAUCAACCCAACACUGUGAAAGAUCACUGCAAUUAUGCUGUCAACAGCUAUUACCAGAGAAAGGGUCAGGCUACUGGAAGCUGUGAUUUUUCAGGAACUGCCACUGUUAGUGCCAAUCCUCCCACUACUGCUGCUUCUGGUUGUGCAUAUCCCUCAAGUCCAAGAAUUGCAGCAACAACACCGGGACAGGCACUUCAACACCAACCACCUCUCCAACCACUAAUGGUUCCACAACACCAACAACAGGCGGAGGCACAACUACACCAACCGGAGGCACAACUCCAACUCCUUCAGUGUUUGGACUUGGACCUACCACUAGCACCGGCUUCACUGAUCCUAAUGGUGGCACAACUCGCAUCUCAGCCUCUCACUUGUUGUACGUUUCUUUGACUUUAUGGAUUUCCGUCCUAUUCCUCAUGUGGGGCUGAGCUCUUGAGAAGGUACUUACCAUCUUGGCCGGGGUGGGGUUUAUGAUGUGUGGAUGAGAUUUUGCCACGAAUGGGGGAAGUCAUGUACAUUGUCAUCUAGGGAUGCAAACCCCACUGCUUUACUAGGUCUAUCUUUCUGUGUGUAAAAGCUGGGAAUUGGAUUCCCUGUGGGCCGCGGUGGCUGGGAAUAUAGAUUACUACCCCUAUGACUAUUAUUGCAUUCCUUUGGAUUUUUCCUACUGUACAUUUAGAGAGGCAGUAUUUUUUGAAUUGAAUUGAAUGGAGGUUUUAGAAUUAGUACAAGUCAA